AUGUUCCAUGUCACACCCACAAACAUGUCUUUGAAGCUCAAUAUGAAACCAGACCAUGAAUAUUUUCACCACCAAACGUUUGUAAAAGAACACAUGUUUGAGAAACGACUGACUCCCAGUGACGUCGGGAAGCUCAACCGCCUCGUCAUCCCCAAACAGUACGCCGAGAAAUACCUUCCGGUGAUCUCCGGCAGCCUGGUUCUGAGCGUGGUGGACGAAUCCGGCAAGCAGUGGAAGUUUCGGUACUCUUACUGGAAUAGCAGUCAGAGUUACGUUUUCACGAAAGGGUGGAGUCGUUUUGUUAAAGAGAAGAAGCUUGAAGCCGGCGACGUCGUGUUUUUUCAACGUCAGGUGGUGGACUCCAGUUCAGUCAUGGUUCUUGGGUGGAGGCGGCGGAUGAACGACGGUUGGAUUUCAUCGGAAAAGCCAGAGAUGAUGAAGUAUAAAACAGUGAGGCUUUUUGGAGUGAAUCUGGAAUGUAGGACCCUUGAAGCUCAGGAGGACACAAUAAGUGACAUGAAGCCACCCACACCUGAUCAUGGUUGUUUUAUUACUAACAUGGAGAAAGAGGGUAUUUUGGAGAUGGGGCCAUGGAGGCAUAUGUAG